GGCACAAGCUCUGUUAGAGCGGAUGAAUUAAGUGUGCGCGAUUGUGUAUAUAAUUAGUUAAUAUGGAGAGGGAGCAGGUGUCGUCCAACAAGAAGAAGAAGCCGAAGCCGAUGAACAAGUGCAAGAAGUCGCGGUUCCGGCGUGUGUGCGUGUUCUGCGGCAGCAGCCCCGGCAAGAAGGCCUCCUACCACCUCGCCGCCGUCCAGCUCGCCCACCACCUCGUGGAGCGCGGCAUCGACCUGGUGUACGGCGGCGGCAGCGUCGGUCUCAUGGGCCUCGUCGCCCGCGCCGUCCACGGCGGCGGCGGCCACGUCCUCGGUGUCGUCCCCAAGUCGCUUCUGCCUCGCGAGCUCAUCGGCGAGACGCCCGGCGAGCUCAAGGCGGUGGCCGGCAUGCACCAGCGCAAGGCCGAGAUGGCCCGCCACUCCGACGCCUUCAUCGCCCUGCCCGGCGGCUACGGCACGCUGGAGGAGCUCCUCGAGGUCAUCGCCUGGGCGCAGCUCCGCAUCCACCACAAGCCCGUCGGCCUCCUCAACGUCGACGGCUACUACGACUCGCUGCUCGCCUUCAUCGACAAGGCCGUCCACGAAGGCUUCGUCACGCCGGCGGCUCGCCACAUCAUCGUCGCCGCGCGCACCCCGUCCGAGCUGCUCUCCAAGCUGGAGGACUACGUGCCGCACGACGCCUCCAUGCUGGAGCAGCACCAGCACAACUGCUCCCCCAACCCCGACAUGCCACGCUAGCUACUUUACUUACCUUACUUUUUCUUCCAUCUCUACCUUAAUUGCUUGCUAAUCACAUCGCAUCACAUCACAUAUUUAGCUCUUCCCUACAUAUGACAUAUGUAUAUCCAUCAUCAAUUAAUUCUACUGCUAUAUCGUCUUAAUUACUAAUUAAUUCACAGCUGGGCCAUGUAUUAUAUAGUAUUCUUCUUCAUUGGAUUCUUCAUGUUCUGUAACGACUGUCUGCUCAAACAAGUGUAUAUUCGAUCAAUGCGUAUAACAGCAUCGCUAUAUACAGUACA